AUGCCGCCGACUCACAAGACUUGGGCCAGAUCCCCUCUUAAGCCGGCUCAGCCUCAACAACUGACGGCGAUGGACUCUUCUGGCGGUGGAAGUUCAAGCUCCUCCCCCCCACCUAGCAAGAAGGCACGGGUUUCCGAAAGCAACCCGAAGAUUCUGCCAGGCUCUCCUCCCAAGACACGGGUCAAGGAUGCCGUAUUCGUGAGCGACUCCUCCGGCGGUGGGGCUUCACGCUCCUCUUCCCCACCUGGCAAGAAGGCGCGGAUACCCUAUAACCACCCGAAGCUCCUGCCACGCUCCACGCCCAAGACCCAGGCCAAGGCCGCCGAGGCGGUGGUCUUGGCGGCGGCGAUGCUUCGCGGGGGGACACUGGACCAGCAUAAGGAGGCUGAAGCUCUUGUUGCGAACGAGAUCGCCCCGCUCGGCAAGGAGGUGUCCGACCUGCUGAUUCUUCGGUUGAAAGGCACUGCCAAGGAGAAGGACGACGGAACCUGGUGGACCUAA